CCAAGUUCUAAAAAUGAAACUGAAUCCUGAUGUUGUUUAACUGACCUAAAAUCACAAGCACAUACAUACAAGCAGUUGAUGACUAUUAGAUGGGAUUAUCUCUCAGAAGCUUAUAUUUAGCAGUUUAUCCAGGUUUUGUCCCAGUUGUUGCUGACUGUGGUGACCCUGUGUCAUUUUAGGGAGCUGAUUUUGUGGAAUUUGAUGUUCAGCUUAGUAAAGAUCACGUGCCAGUGGUUUAUCAUGAUUUGAGAGUGUGUCUUACUCUAAAAAAGAAACAUGGUAAGGAGAUUGAUAUGUUUCAUAUUCCAGUGAGAGAGCUGACCCUGCAGCAGUUACAAAGUCUUAAACUUUCUCACCCUGCCGAAGUCAAGGAAGUACACUCAGAUCAUGAUAUGGAGACAGUGGACCCAUUAGAACACCAGCCCUUUCCAACUCUACAGCAGUUGUUUGAAACAUUGGACGAACACAUUGGGUUCAACAUUGAGGUGAAAUAUGCCAUGCAACUUAGGACUGGCACCUAUGAGGAAGACCAGGUUCACUAUACUGAGAGAAACCACUACAUUGACCACAUCCUGCAGUGUAUUCUGGACAAUGCUGGGUCUAGGAGGAUCAUACUGUCCUGCUUUGAUCCUAAUGUCUGCACUAUGUAAGUACAACCUAAGGGCGCAUUCAGAACAAUUGGAUCCUUGGACUAACAGAUCUGUGGAUCAAAUAUGGCGCCACC